AUGCCUCGCCCCUCAAAGAAGGCUGCCGCCGAGGCCCCUAAGCCUCCCGUCGCCGCCAUCCCCGUUGCGCCUGCUCAGCCCGUGCAGCCUCUCCAGAUCCCCCAGAGACACAUUGACGUCGAAGGUUUUAUUCGCGUCCGCGACUCGGUCCACCAGCGCCUCAUCACCAUCUUGGAGUUGAUCAAGAACUUCUCCGAGGACUACUAUCGCCAGACCAGCCUGCUCCUUGGCGAAUCUGCCAACGAUGGCAUCCCGGGCAUCGACCACCCCCUGGUCAACUUGGAGCACGCUGUCGCCCAGAACAUCGCUCCCCUCGCACUGGGUCUCCAGCCCGGCGUUGCCUACCACCCUGCCCCUGUCGAAGAGAAGAAGGAGCGCAAGAAGCGCACUCACGACCCCAAUGCUCCCAAGCGCCCUUUGACACCUUACUUCCUUUACAUGCAGACUGCCCGUCCCAUCAUUGCCAAUGACCUCGGUGAUGCUGCCCCCAAGGGUGCCGUGCAGGAAGAGGGUCAGCGCCGCUGGAAGGCCAUGAACCCCUCCGAGAAGGCCGGCUGGAACAACGCCUACCAGUACAACCUCCGCCUCUACCAGGCUCGUGUUCACGCCUACAAGCAGGGUGGCAACCUUGACGCCAGAAACAUGGAUGACGAUGCCGCUCUCAAGUACGCCGAGGAGCACAACAUUCAGAUCAACCCUGUUGACGUUGUCCCGGAUGUUGAGGAUGCCAUUGCCGAGCAGCUCAACCAGGCCAACACCGUCGACGCUCCCGGUGAAGAGGAGGAGGAAGAGGAGGUCCCCGCCCCCGUCAAGACCCCCAAGAAGCCCGCCUCUACCCGCAAGCGCAAGACUGCCACCCCCGCUGCUGAGCCCGAGGCCAAGGCAGCUGCUACUCCCGCAAGCCCUGACAAGAAGCGCCGUCGCACAUCAACUAAGGCCGCCGACGCCACUGAGUCAGCGGAGCCCGCCAAGAAGAGCAGAGCGAAGAAGAGCAAGAACUAA